AGUUUUACCAGGGUUCACCGGGGUCAGAAAGGAUACGGGAACUCGUCGAGGUGUUUGCGGCGGCUAGCGGCUCUUCUUCGGGGAGGAAUUGAGAGCGGUUCCGUACCCUGUGGUGCUGGGCUAGAGCGUUAUGGCUCAGACGCUACAGAUGGCGAUCCCUAACUUUGGCAACAACGUAUUGGAGUGUCUCAAUGAGCAGCGUCUCCAGGGGCUCUACUGCGACGUCUCCGUGGUUGUCAAGGGACACGCCUUCAAGGCGCACCGGGCGGUCCUGGCGGCCAGUAGCUCCUACUUCCGGGACCUGUUCAACGCUGGGGGGAAGAGCAGUGUGGUGGAGCUCCCCCCGGCCGUCCAGCCCCAGAGCUUCCAGCAGAUCCUGGCCUUCUGCUACACAGGUCGCCUCAGCAUGAACGUAGGGGACCAGUUCCUCCUCAUGUACACCGCAGGCUUCCUGCAGAUCCAGCAGAUCAUGGAGAAGGGCACCGAGUUCUUCCUUAAGGUCUCCUCCCCUAGCUGUGACUCCCAGGGUCUUCAUGCAGAAGAGACUCCGCCCUCCGAGCCCCAGAGCCCUGUCACUCAAACCACAGGGGGAGGGGCUGGGGUGGUUUCCACGGCAGCAUGUAGGCCCGCCUCCUGCCUGACACCCCUCCCCCUGGUGUCGAGGGUGAAGACUGAGCAGAGCGGGACUACGCCACAACCCACACCACAGCAGCAGGAGGCCACUUCCUACUCGGUGGUGUGCAGCCCUGUCGCCAAGCGCCUGUGGGAGGGGGGGCAACCGCGGGGGGUCCAGGAAGCCGCCCGCUACUCUUCCUCCUCCGCCUCCUCAAACAACUGCAACUCCCAAGAUGCAACGGGCAGAAACGUUGUUAACCACAGUAACCAUAACAACAACAGUAACCAUAACAGCAGCAGCGUGGGGACGCCGGACGGAACGAGUCCGGGGACGCUGAGCAUGUACACCAGCGACUCGCCCCUUAGUUACCACGAUGACGAGGAGGAAGAGGAAGUGACCGACGACAGCGCUGAAGAGCAGUACAGGCAGAUCUGUAACAUGUACACAAUGUACAGUAUGCUCAAUGUGGGCGCCACAGGUGAGAGAGAGAGUUGGUUUGAG